UAAGCAUGACGAUCUCCUUAUGAUAAAGGAACGUAAAAGGUUGGAUAUGCUUGAUUGAAAUUUCCCUAAAGGAUUCAAUAAUUCUACACUGCUGAACAGCAAAUUUAUGAGAGAGCUUGAGAAAGAUCCAAUUUGUAUUGACCCAGCUCAUGAAGAGAGUUAUAGCCAAACUAGUCAGCUUCUCGAUUUUGAGAGCAAUUCCUCAAUGCAGCAAGAUUCUAAGACAGCAAACUUUUUCCCAAAGUUGCUUAAUUGAGACAAAGGAGAUAAUUUACCUCAGAUUCUCGACAUGCUGGCUGAAAAUGAGAGUGAUGGCUCAAUCCAUUCUAUUAUUGAUUACACACAAAAUAAUCCAAAUCCUUCCAAUGCUGUGAAAAAUAGUAACAAGAGAGUCCAGGAUAUGAGUAAAACCAAUAAUCUGCUCAACAAAAUUGACCAAAGGCUAAAGUUAAUAAAGUCUUCAAAAAGUACCAGCAACCUUGUCUUGCCAAAUAAAGUUACAGGCAAAAGCAAGAAUUUACCCAAACAGAGCCAAGAUUUUGAAAAUACUGAGAUUGCAGAGCAUCCUUCAGUUGACGACCCAAAAAUUCUACCAAAUCCGACAAAAGAGAAGUACAAGAAAUAUAUAACGAAGCAGAGAUCGGCUUCCCGAGGUGUCUUUGAAUACGAAGAUAUGGGUAAGAAAUCCUCUGCAGCUUUGAAAGACAUCAAGAAUAGACCAAAGCAGUCUAUUUGACCUUCUAACAAGAAGAUUAGCCUUCAUAGACGAAAAUCUUCAAUUAAAAUGCUAUCGAGGGUUAAAAAGGUCGAGAAAAAUACUGAGAAUAUUGACCCAGAUAACUGAAUGGAAGACACUUUAUCAUCAAGGAGGAAAUCUAUUAGGAAAUCAAACAGGAAAAGAAAGAUAUCACCAAAGAUCCAAAAAUCCUUUAAGAGGAAUGUGUGCCCAAGGACUUCGAAUAAUGGAAUCGGGAUGAGGAAGACUCUAGACCUGCGCAUCAAUAGUUGAAAAGAAACAGAUGCAACUAAUCUGAAAACACCAAGGACGAUCAAUACGUAUAAAAAUUCUGACUACACCAGUUUUGGCCCCUCUCGAUUAGAUUUUACGAAAGGAAGUGCCACUUCUAGCCACAGGAAGAUCUACUCGACUCAUGAGGAUAAGAGGUCAGUGAAGAAAAAGUGUCACAAAAGUUCCAAAUAAAGCUACAAAAUCUGUUAAAAGGAAAAGCAGCAUUGAGUCAGACAAAAGUCCAAUGAAAUUAUCAAGAAGAACUUCUAGCUGUCUAUUUUAUUCAAAAACAGUUAAAAAUCCGAAAUCUGCUAGAGGUAAAAUCGAUGAGACCAAGAAGAGGAGAGAAAAGGUCAGGAUUUACCUACGGUCACUUUAUAAUGAUGAAAUCAAUGAUGUCAGGAAAGACUUGAAUGCUCUGAGGACUUAUGGCUCUACUAAAUCAAAGCAUUCUGAUAGAUCUAAUAGGAGCAAGGCUUAUUCAAACAGAAGUUUUAAGAGUAGGAAAUCUAGCGUUAGCAGGAGCAAUAACCGAUCGAAAUCUCCAUUGAAUCUUGUCUCCAGUAAAUCCUGUAGGCCAUCCCCUAAUUAUCUUGAUGAUAAGAGUAAAGUGAAGUCUUCAAAGGAACCGAAAAUAAAGGGUAUCUUAAAGAACAAAACUAUUAAGCCAAUGAAGGACCUGAAAUAUUCCCCGAAUUAUAACUGAAAUAGGAAAUUUACAGCCAAGCAGACUCAUUGUCCCAUAGCUAGGAAGAAGUCUAUUAAGAACUUACAAAAGCCUGGAUCUGAAUUUAUGAGUCCUGGUUGACAGACUUUUAGCAGUCAUACACCCAGAUAUCACCUUAAUAAAGAUAUCAAACUUGAUCUGAAGAAGCAAUGAGGAUUUUCAGGAAGUCUAAAGAAAGAUAUAAAUCAGCAUAAAGUAAAAAGGUUUAAGAAAACACUAGUUGGCUCUAAUAUGAGAUCAUUAAAAAGCUCAAGAGCGAGCUCUAAGAAAUAACUUCCAUAAAAAUCCCUAAGAAAAGAAGCUGUGGUUCAAAAGCUUGACACCUAGGUGUAGUCUCCUUGGCAUCAGUUAGCUGCUAAUAAGACCUACAAUCAAGAAGGGGUAGAUUUUGCCAUAAAAACCCUGAACGACUUCAUUGUCCUAUAUCAAUCUAGUUGGACCCCAAACUGGUAGUUAGAAUCUCUUCCUAAGGUGUUUU